AUGCUGUGGAAAUCGCCACCUUGGCAUGAACCCUCUUUUGCAUCAAAACCACCUAACUUUUAUUCUUUACAAUUCUCUACUAUAUACAAAGGAAAAAAAAGUGAAAUAAAAAGAACUCUCUUUUCCUUUUUGCUUGUUCUUUAAUAUUCUUCCAAAAGUUCAUUUCACCAUAAAUCUUCCUAUUUCCUCUUUGCAACUUCACUUCUGUUACAUCCACAGGUAGAGAAAGUAGCUGAUCCAGAAAUUGAGCUCUAAUUCUUUUUAUGUAUCAGCAAAUAUAAUCACCACACUGCAUUGCUUUACAGCUCCAUCUAAACCUAUCUCAUAAUUCUGAGAUGGGUUCUCCCUUCUCUCUCACUUUGAUAAUUCUUCUUUCAUUAAAUUCAGUGAGAGUUGAAGCUCAAGGGAUCAAAUCUGCUCGUUUACUUGAUCUACUCAUCAGAGACUACACACUUAAGUCCAGUGGCGUACGCUUCAAGACAGGUAUGGUACACACUGUACACUUGCCAGCAAAUUUCUCCGGCAUCAAAGUCGAUGCGGUGAGGUUUCGAUGUGGCAGUCUAAGAAGAUACGGCGCUCAAGUUAAGGAAUUCCAUCUGGGUAUUGGUGUAACCUUGCAGCCAUGUGCUGAGAGACUCGUGGUAAUUAGACAAAACUUGGAUCUUAACUGGUCCCCUAUAUAUUAUGCCAACUAUGAUUUAUCAGGAUAUCAACUUGUGUCACCUAUUUUAGGCCUUUUAGCUUACAAUUUUGGUAGUGAUGUGAACGUUAGCGACUCUUUUGAGAUCGGAAUUCAUGCUGGAGAAAAACCAAUUACUGUAGACUUCAGCAAUGCAUCAACUACUGCCAAUGUAUCGGGAGUUAGGCCAUUGUGUGCUAGUUUUGAAAAUGAUGGUAGGGUGAUAAUUAAAGUCCCAGAAUCACUUUUUGUUUGUGUAGCUAAAAGGCAUGGGCAUUAUGGUUUGGUGAUUAAGUCACCGCCAGCGCCACCACCAUCAAUGCAGAUGAUAAAAAGGAAGAUCAGCUUGUGGAAAGUGGUGGUUGGGAGCUCAGUUGGGACUGCAUUGGGUGUGUUUUUAUUGGGGAUGCUUUUUGUGGCAAUGUUUGUUCAGGUAAAGAAGAAAGCAAGAAUGGAGGAAAUGGAGAGAAGAGCUUACGAAGAGGAAGCUCUUCAAGUAUCGAUGGUUGGACAUGUCAGGGCUCCUACAGCAACUGUUACUCGGACGACGCCUAUAAUUGAGCAUGGGUCUAGACCUUAUCCUUCUUGAACUGUUCGUUUUCUUUAUGAUCAUUAUUCUUUUUGUAAUAUUAGAUGCAAGGACAAGUAAUUUGUAUUGAGAAGAAGGAUAGAUUAGCCAAAUUCUUUUUGAGUUCCUUAUAUGGGUGCAGAGACAAACUCUGUUUCUUGA